CAACUGUGUUUCUUUUCUCCGGCGUCAUCUCUGAUCAAAACUGGGGGGGGGGGGGGGGGAGAGAGAGAGAAGAGGUGAAUUGCCGUUCUGAUACGCUCUUGAAAACCCCAUUGUGUAAGAAAAGCAUGCUGAGGAUUGUGUCGUGUGGGAGAAAGGUCCAACGUUGUGGUUGGUCGGAGCAGAGAAGAUGGCUUUCUCAGCCGGGGGUUGCCCAGAAACAGGGGAACGAUGUUGCGUUGGGCGUGCCUCGAAUGCCAAGCUUCGAUUACUCUCCUCCGCCGUAUAAUGGCCCCGCCGCCGAUGAGAUUCUGAUGAAGCGGAAGAAGUUCCUCAGCCCUUCAAUGUUCUACUUCUACCAAAAACCAUUGAAUUUGGUGCACGGAAAGAUGCAAUACUUGUACGAUGAUAAAGGGCGAAGAUAUGUUGAUGCAUUUGGGGGGAUCGCCACCGUGAGCUGCGGCCACUGCCACCCGGAGGUGGUGGAGGCGAUCGUGGAGCAGACAAAACGGCUGCAACAUUCGACGAUUUUGUACCUUAACCCAGCAAUCACAGAUUUCGCCGAGGCACUUGCUUCCAAGAUGCCUGGUGAUCUAAAAGUUGUGUUUUUCACGAACUCUGGGACUGAGGCGAAUGAACUGGCGAUUAUGAUGGCGCGGUUGUACACUGGUUGUCAGGAUAUCAUUUCUCUUAGGAACGCAUAUCAUGGCAACGCCGGAGCUACUAUGGGUGCCACUGCACAGUGUAACUGGAAAUUUAACGUUGUUCAGACUGGUGUUCACCACGCCGUGAACCCGGAUCCCUACAGAGGUGUUUUUGGGUCCGAUGGGGGAAAGUAUGCAAAGGAUGUGGAAGAUCUUAUCCAAUUUGGUACUUCUGGCCAUGUUGCAGCUUUUAUAUCUGAAGCAAUUCAGGGGGUAGGUGGCAUAGUAGAACUGGCACCGGAUUACUUGCCGGCGGUGUACAAAACUAUAAAGAAAGCUGGAGGCCUUUGUAUCGCGGACGAGGUUCAGGCUGGAUUUUCCAGGACAGGAAGCCACUUUUGGGGGUUCGAGAAUCACGGUGUUAUCCCCGACAUAGUGACAAUGGCAAAAGGAAUUGGAAAUGGGAUCCCUCUGGGAGCAGUGGUGACAACUCCAGACAUUGCUGAGGUUUUGACUCGUCACAAUUACUUCAACACCUUCGGAGGAAAUCCUGUGUGCACAGCAGCCGGGCACGCUGUUCUCCGAGUAGUGGAAAGGGAGGGGCUUCAAGCAAAUGCCCACACCGUCGGUUCCUACUUGAAACGCCGCCUAAUCGCCCUCAAGGAUAAGCACCAGAUUAUUGGUGAUGUGAGGGGAAGAGGGCUCAUGCUGGGGGUGGAACUAGUCACUGACCGGGAAGAGAAGACACCGGCCAGGGUAGAAAUUCUGCAUGUGAUGGAGCAGAUGAAAGAUUUGGGGGUGUUAAUUGGCAAGGGUGGAUUGUAUGGAAAUGUGUUCAGAAUCACUCCUCCACUCUGCUUCUCUAAAGAUGAUGCUGAUUUUCUUGUGGAUGUCAUGGACUAUGUUAUGUCAAAGAUGUGAAGAAGAUUAUGAUGAUGCUAUGAUGCGAAAAUUGGUCACGAAGACAUCAAAUCUCUUUCUUAAUUAAAUCUAUUGUACUGCCUAUAUAAACCAAGUUCUACUAUGCCAAUAUAUGCCACUUUAAUCUUGAUCUAAUCCCAAUUUUUAUAAUGUUAAUAUGAUGUUGGCGCCUUGUUA